AUGACCAUUAAUCGACCGGCGAGCGAUGUUCAGCGACAUCCUGCAACGGUACCGAUAGUCAACGCCAGCGGCUCAAUUCGGACUAACGGUGGCCCUGAUUCCCGGUCGCAUUCGCCACAGUCAGCCGACACCAUCUGCCAUCGGUACCAACCUGUCCAAUCUGUCAGUGGCCGUCCUUCAACGUUUGCACUUCCGUUGCUACUGUUGCUGCAUUUGCUUUCGGUCGUUGGGCCUGCUCGGUCGUUUCUGCGCAAUGAGAAGGAAAACUUUGUCAAAACCACUGACGUGGAAGCAAUCGAGGACCAUCAGGCUAUGCUUUACUGUCCGCUUUUAGCAUCGAAUCGCGAUAAAAUCAACAUGGUCCUGUGGUUUCGAGACAACGCCGGAAUUCCGCUGUACAGCCUUGACGUACGUGGAAAAUCACUCAACGAUGCCCAGCAUUGGUCCGCGCCGCAGGUGUUUGGUCCUCGCGCCCGUUACGUGAUCGAGAGUGACCCCGCAUAUUUGGAAUUGAACGAAAUUAAACGCCAUGAUCAGGGAAUUUAUCGCUGCCGGGUCGACUUCCAAAACAGCCAAACGCAAAGCUUUCGCUUCAAUCUCACCGUGAUUAUACCCCCAUCGCAGCCCGUGAUCCUAGACCGCUGGGGUCGCGUCAUAAAUAGUACAAUAAUCGGACCAAAGGAGGAGGGAGAUGAUAUACUGCUGACCUGCCGGGUGGUUGGAGGCAGACCACAGCCCGAUGUGCUCUGGUUCAUCAACGAUAAUCUGGUGGAUAAUCAGAUCGAACAGAACACCGGAAACAUUAUCGAAAAUCGCCUGCUGUGGACAUCCGUCCAGCGUCACCAUCUGCACUCGGUCUUCACGUGUCAGGCGUCCAACACGAAGCUGGUGCAACCCCGGACAAGCAAGUUCGUGCUAGAUAUGUACCUAAAACCGUUGGCCGUGAAAAUUCUCAACUCAACCGAGUCGCUGGCCGCGCACAAGGAGUACCAGAUCGUCUGCCAGUCGACCGGGGCUCGUCCGAAUGCGGUCAUCCAGUGGACGAAAGGAAAGAAGACGCUGAAGCGCGUCAAGGAGCACUCGAUUCGCAACACAACCUACUCGAUACUGACUUUUGUGCCAACGGUCGAGGACGAUGGGCGCAUUCUGGGGUGCCGAGCGCAGAAUCCCAAAGUGGCCGGCCUUUUCCUGGAGCAACUCCAAAACAUCAGCGUACACUAUCCUCCGGUGGUGCUGUUGCAGCUCGGCUCUACGCUUGCCAUGGACGACAUCAAGGAAGGCGACGACAUCUACUUCGAAUGCAAGAUACAGUCCAAUCCGUCAUGGCGACGGUUGACCUGGCUGCACAAUGGAGUGCCACUACCUCAGAACUCGUCAUCAACGAAAAUCGUCCGCUCAAACCAGAGCCUGGUCAUACAGAAGGUGACGCGCUACUCGAGCGGUUCGUACCAGUGCGGUGCGCUCAAUUCCGAGGGAGAAACUCUCAGCAACGAGAUUGUGCUUAGCAUCAAAUAUGUUCCUCUGUGUGCCACGGAUAAAAUUGUCAGCAUCGGGGUCUCACUGGACGAAACAAUCACAAUCAGCUGUGAUAUCAUCACGCAUCCCUUAGCGAGCAAGUUUUACUGGCGCUUCGAAAACUCGGAGGAAGUCCUGGAGAUCGACCAGCAUCGUUUCUCCAGCAAUGGUUCCUCGAGCCAGCUGCACUACACGCCGACCACCGAGCAGGAAUAUGGGACACUGUCUUGUUGGGGCACAAAUGAGAUCGGUACCAUGGCAGAACCGUGCAUUUUCCACCUGAUUGCAGCCGGCCUUCCAACGUCUGUCAUCAAUUGCGCAUUUCGUAAUUCCACCAACGCAUUCGACAUCAAUUGUCAUCAAGGAUACGACGGAGGUCUCAAGCAAUCGUUUGUGCUGGAGAUGCUCUCAAGUCGUCAUCCAGGCCACAGCAUCAACGUGACCAACACUGAGGAACCCGUCUUUAGUAUCACUUCCCUGGACCACAUCCGUCACCAGUUGCCAGGGCAACGCCAGUCGGACUCGCUCAAGCUGUACGUUUACUCGAUCAACCAGAAAGGCCACAGCCCACGGAUAUUCAUCGCUGAUCUGGUCAUGCCGGCCGCUUCCAAGGAUCCGGAACCUGUCAAAGACCGCAAGUCCACACUUCUGACGCCCAUCCUCAUCGGCCUAUUCCUAACCAUUGUGCUGAUCAUCGUCGUCAUCGUUGUUAGAAUAUAUCUGAAAUCGAAAAGACUUAAACAAAAUAUCAACAAGGAGAAACGAUACACUGAGGAGUCUAAGAAUACGCUUCUGCUGGUCGACUUGUCAAAGAAGGAUAAGCCCGCGAAAUCCACCAAAUGGAUGAACAACGUUGGUAGCAGCAUCAAAACGAAAACCAAAAUAGAAACAAUCGACGACGAGCAGGACCCUGACCUGAUACCGUAUCCUCGACUGACUGACAUCCACCAGGAGGAGCUGAUACCAAUAAACUCGGACGGUACGGCGUUCGCCAUCAAACAGAACCACCAUCAGCUGCCGCAGCAAGCAAUGGACACUGACAAGGGUUUGGACAGGGACAAGGAUCGGUUCUACCAGCACCAGCAGCCCAUCAUCUCCGGAACCGGCUAUCGGGACGAGGAGAUCUCCGAGGCGGAAAUCAACCUGAAAGGAAUUGAAGACUUCCUAAUGACAAACCGAGUGCCGGAAAGCUGUGUAUGAUAUCGAUCGGCCAUAUGCCGUAGGAAAUCGUGGUACACGUCGCCGAGUUUGGUCCUUUUCGCUUCGGUUUGGUCAUCUGGAACACGGCGGGAGAUUCCAGCACCAGUCGCCCACAAGUCGUUCGUUUUGGUGCGUUCGGAUUCGAUUGAUUCAAUUUAUCCCGUCAGUCAUUCGUUCAUUUCCGCCUGUGUCGAAGUGAAUCUUCGCAACGGAGUUUUUAGCUGCAAAGUUGUUGGGAAGAUUACCACCACCGGCCGACGGCUGCGAAUGAAAUCGGAAAGUUCUUUCUCUUGGUAGGAAAUGGAUCGGAAAUGGACUGCGCCAAACGCCAAAGAGUAACUUUUCCCUGCUCGGACUGACAAAUGUCCAUCAAAUGAGGAAACGAUCCGUACAGGAUGAGGAAGGAAUUCGUUUGAAAAUGGCAAACGAAAAGCAAAAAGUUUCAUUUCCAAUAAGCCCUGGCGAAGCAUCCUAUAACGCCGAGUUGAGGAGUUGAAUUACUGUAUCCGUGUAUACAACACCCAAUGUUGGCUUAACUUUCACCGGGAAAAGCUAUCGUAAAAUGCUGUCGAAAGAAGAGAAAAAAGUUGUUCACGGGAGCUGCUCAACAAUUGGAUUUUGUUUCUAAGCAUCUGGACACUAAUUAAUUGAGAUGGCCGUGUACCUAACUAGAACCGUGCGCGAAGCCGAACGGCAGUAUGGUGUAUUAUUGUACGGUUGCUAGGGAAAUAAACUAUUAUCGAUCUAUUAUGUUUCCGUUUAUUGGUCAAACAUUCUAAGCAUCAUUGUAUUUAAACCGAGAAAACGCAUUGUUUGUAUAAUAAAAUA